CUUGAAGGCCACGUUUGUUUACCAAGGUGCUAGACACAUUGCCAUUGCUCAUUCAGGGCAGUCGCGUACUGUAUAAACUGGAAAUCUGUGUCUCAAGUUUAAACGAUCACACUGUAUAUACCCGAUCUGGGAGCGCAUGACGUCAGCGCAUAGAGGUCGGGCCGUAUCGCUGGCACGAGACAGAGUUCAUUAGAGCGUCGCAAUCGCGGCACAAACACCGCGCUGGACACAUCAUCAUGAAGGCCUACUGGAUCGUACUGGUGCUGUGCGCGACGGCGGCGCGGGGGGACGACCUGGCGCACGCCGCCGGGCAGAUCUUCAACCAGAUCCUGCCCAACCUGAUCGGCAACCAGGUGACGGGAGGCAACAAGGACCCGACCACCAACACGCUCAACCAGAUCGGCACGGUGGUCGGCGGCGUCGUCGACUACGCCAAGAAGAAGGGCUAUGAAGACAUGCUGAAGCAGAUCAAGGAGUCCACCACCGACGAGGACCUGCUGAAGCUCAGCGAGGAGAUGUUCAACGCGGACGUCAACAACGCGCUCGCCUACAUCCAGGUCAACGUGCAAGGGAAAACCAGUCCUAUGUCCAAGAACGACGAGGCCUCUUCCAACCUCUUGAACGUGCCCGAAAAUGUGUGGAAUGGACCUACAAUCAAACCGUUUGUGGCGCUGUUCGAUAACUACCAUAAGAACGUGAUUCGCCCGGAGUUCCAGACACCCACUGAAGAGUCGGAACAGACGACGUUCAUCAACACGAUCCUGGCCACGGGCCCGAUCAGAAGUCUCAUGUCCUUCUUCGUAAACAAAGGCCUCACCCAGCUGAACGAGUACCCCGAGCAAGUGGAACUGCUGCGCAAGCUGUGGUUCACGAAGUACGCGCGCCACUGGACCGGCCUCUGCAAGUGCAGCUGCGCUUUUGAAAACGUCUUCAUGGCGGAACUCAAGUCUAACACUGUGCUGGGUCUACACAGCUGGUUGUUCUUCGCCAAGCGAGAGCUGGACCACAAGGCCAACUAUUUGGGUUACAUCGAUAAAUUGGACCUGGGAGGAAAAGGCCUAAUCCUCAAGCAGCACUCGGUCCUCAGCGAAACAAAAGACGCUCCCGAGAUCACGAUGUUCGUGGGCACAUCGCCCGAGCUGGAGACAGCUCUGUACACCUUGUGCUACCUCGCCAGGCCUGACCAGCUGUGCAAGCUGAGGGCUCCUAAUAAUGUAGCUUUUAGCAUACAGACCAAGACCAUCAGGGCUGAUAACCUGCCUGUCAUUGAUACGGCGUCGCCGGUUUUCUAAUCAGUGAAUUGUGUUAGAAUUAGGCCCGGUUUCGCAAUACUCUGUUAGAUAAUAACAAGGGAUGAGUUCAUCAAUUAUACGUCAUCUUCAUAUUAAAUUCUUGACAGUUGUGUCAAAGUCAACAACUAAUCCCUGGUUAUGAUCUAACCGAGUAUGAUCAAACUGGGCCUUAGAAUACAGCUUAUUUAAGUGACUAUUAUCCUAUGUAGCGUGAAACGCCUGCGUAUAAAUACAAAUAGUUUGUUGAGUUAGAAGAUUUUGUACAAAUUUCUAGGCGCUUGGAUGCCUAGCGAUGUGUUGGACCACACUAUAAGCUGUCGCAAUCCACAUUCAGUUCCAGAUCCAGUACAAAUAGGUAUUUGUACUGAAAAAAUAUUUAAAAGUUAAUUUUAUUAUCUACAUGUACCUACCUACAUAAAUACAUAAUUUAUUGUAUUUUUUUAAUAAAA